AAGCGCUGUGUGCAGAGCUAAAAGCACUAAGAAAAAAUUAUCUGUUUUGAUAAGUAAAAAGUUCUGUGAACGUGUUGUGUUAAAAAUAGCGUAAAUUGUUAAAUUUGCUAGCUCAACACUAAACAAUUAAAAUAAAAACAUUAAACAAGAUGUACGCGCAGAAAAAUGUUUGUGUCUCGCUCGCGUUGAUUGUCUGUCUCGCCUGCCUUGCUGAAGCGGCAGUUUAUACGCAGCCGUCGAUCUUUCAUCCUGCGCAUCCAGGCAAAUGCUACGACAAGCUCACCAGACGCGCCAUGUUGCCCAACAAGGAAUACAAACCGAAGGGCUUCUGCGCCGUCAUGACAUGCGACAUUGAGACGCGCCAGAUUAAUAUCGAAACUUGUCCCUAUAUCGAAAUGCCUGGCUGUGAGGAGCUGCCUAGUGACCUCAACUGGAGCUUUCCAAAAUGUUGUCCACAAUUCAAGUGCGUCGACUUUAAAACCGGCAAAGAGUUUGUUGUCUCCGUUUAGACGCACAAACUACGCUACUAUAUAGUGUAUAUUGAAUCGUGAUUUUUACAACAAAUGUAUUCGUAGUUUUAUAGAUUUAUAUAUAUAUAUUUUGUGU